AACAGGAGUUUUGUCUUUCCACACAGAUGAAGUCUAAUGAGAACAUCGUAGGAACAGGGAGACACAGGCAACGAGUGGAACAGGGAAAAGAAACCAAAGGGGAGUUCCUUUUGACACACUGGAUGUUUGUCGAAAAUGCUUUCAACACCCAGUGGCUCAUCUACACCAUUUUGCCCAGCGGAGAACUCAUUGCUGACUCGAGAGACUUCACCGUAGAAAAGUGCUUCCGUGAUAGGGCAAAACUGUGGUUCUCUGAUCAAGAAGGUCUGCCUGGAGGGGAAACCCAACUCCAUAUUUCAGGCACUUACGAUUACAUCUGUGCCAUCCAUGCCGUUGAUGAGAAUGUCUAUCUCUUGAAACCUGAAGCUGAGUUCUCCCCUGAGAAGCUUUUCAAAUUCUAUAACAUCAUUUUGGAUUGCGAAUUUGAACAAUUCUUCAAGCGUGUACUUGACACAUAA